GUUAUGCAGAUGUAUCUUCCGUUUUGCGGAAUUGCCAUAUCUAAUGCUCAGCUAUUUGCUGCCUCAAGGAAAGAAUAUGAAAGAAGCAGGGCUUUGCUAGAGGUGGUUAAUGACCUCUUUGAAGAACAGACUGACCUGGAGAAAAUUGUCAAGAAAAUAAUGCAUCGGGCCCAAACACUGUUGAAAUGUGAACGCUGUUCUGUUUUACUCCUAGAGGACAUCGAAUCACCAGUGGUGAAGUUUACCAAAUCCUUUGAAUUGCUGUCCCCAAAGUGCAGUGCCGAUGCUGAGAACAGUUUCAAAGAAAGCAUGGAGAAAUCAUCCUACUCCGACUGGCUAAUAAAUAACAGCAUUGCUGAGCUGGUAGCUUCUACAGGCCUUCCAGUAAACAUCAGUGACGCCUACCAGGAUCCCCGCUUUGACGCCGAGGCUGAACAGAUAUCUGGUUUUCACAUAAGAUCGGUUCUCUGUGUACCUAUUUGGAAUAGCAGCCACCAAAUAAUUGGAGUGGCUCAAGUGUUAAAUAGACUUGAUGGGAAACCUUUCGAUGACGCAGAUCAACGACUUUUUGAGGCUUUUGUCAUCUUUUGUGGCCUUGGCAUCAACAAUACAAUUAUGUAUGAUCAAGUGAAGAAGUCGUGGGCCAAGCAAUCUGUGGCUCUUGAUGUGCUAUCUUAUCAUGCGACAUGUUCAAAAGCUGAAGUUGACAAGUUUAAGGCAGCCAACAUCCCUUUGGUGUCAGAACUUGCCAUCAACGACAUACAUUUUGAUGACUUUUCUCUCGACGUUGACACCAUGAUCACGGCUGCUCUUCGGAUGUUCAUGGAGCUGGGGAUGGUACAGAAAUUUAAAAUCGACUAUGAGACACUGUGUAGGUGGCUUCUGACAGUAAGGAAAAAUUAUCGGAUGGUUCUAUACCACAACUGGAGACAUGCCUUCAAUGUGUGCCAGCUGAUGUUCGCAAUGUUAACUACCGCCGGGUUUCAAGAGAUUCUGACCGAGGUGGAAAUUUUAGCGGUGAUUGUGGGAUGCCUGUGUCAUGACCUCGACCACAGGGGAACCAACAAUGCCUUCCAAGCUAAGAGCGGCUCUGCCCUGGCCCAACUCUAUGGAACUUCUGCUACCUUAGAGCAUCACCAUUUCAACCACGCAGUGAUGAUCCUUCAAAGUGAGGGUCACAACAUCUUUGCUAAUUUGUCCUCCAAGGAAUACAGUGACCUUAUGCAGCAUUUGAAGCAGUCAAUACUAGCAACAGACCUCACGCUGUACUUUGAGAGGAGAACUGAAUUCUUCGAACUUGUCAGUAAAGGAGAAUAUGAUUGGAACAUCAAAAACCAUCGUGAUAUAUUUCGAUCAAUGUUAAUGACAGCCUGUGACCUUGGAGCCGUGACCAAACCGUGGGAGAUCUCCAGACAGGUGGCUGAACUUGUAACCAGCGAGUUCUUUGAACAAGGAGAUCGGGAGAGAGCAGAACUCAAACUCACUCCUUCAGCUAUUUUUGAUCGGAACCGGAAGGAUGAGCUGCCUCGGUUGCAAUUGGAGUGGAUCGAUAGCAUCUGUAUGCCUUUGUAUCAGGCAUUGGUGAAGGUCAACGUGAAACUGAAGCCGAUGCUGGAUUCAGUAGCUGCCAACAGAAGUAAGUGGGAAGAGUUGCACCAAAAAAGGCUGCUCAUCUCUUCGGCUGCCUCUGCCCCCACUGUCAAUCUCAUGGUGACAGGAGAUGACAGAGACUAACCCUCCAGGUCAGCCGCAGCUGUGAAAUGACUGCGUCCUCAAGAGCCAGCUUCGGUCCCACCACAGCAUUCUUUUGUUCCUUUAAGCUCAAACAGACAUAAAGUCUCAGGGUUGUGCUGGGAAGCAUGCCUGGGCUUUCACCUUGCAGUGUGGUGCCAGCAGAAAGGACAGAGGAGGAGGUGGGGCAGGGAGCACAUGCCCCAGGAUACUCACCUCUCCCUGAUGAACACACAUGGGCUGAGAUGAAGGUUCUGGGCAGCGGGCCAAUUGGGUGCAGGACCUGAGGAUGGUUGGCCCUGCUCACUGUGAGCCAAGAGAACGUUGAACAGUGAAGGUGUCAUUAGCACUGCUUCAUAUUGUGUAUGGCUGUUCUGUUUGUUACAAGCCAAACAACGCCUGCUUUUGCAUCCUCUCCUGAGCUCCCCCUUCUGCGCCAGACUGUCCCAAGAAUCCCAAUUGGUAUUCUGUAGAGAUAUCUUAUUUUUAAUCCUAAAGCUUCUUAAUGAUGGAUCAGAGCCUUUAGAAUCGCCUACCUAAAAGAGAAACUAUAUUAUCCUUACAAAAACCAGCCAUUCCCAGUUUUCCCCUAAAAAAGGUCUAUAGUAGGAAGACAGCAAAUGUGUUUGUCUGAUUGGCGUUUAGACAAGAUUCAUAACAUUGUAUUGGGAUUGUGGUCCCCUUUUUCAGUUUUUUAAUUCAAUCUUCAUUGUAGACCAAGUCUUCUCCCAGAAGGAAUGGAUUAAUAGACUUAAAGUAAGGGUGAAAGGAAAUCUAUAGGUGGAUUUAACGCAAAUGACACAUGAACAUUCAGAACUAUUUCCAACAGUGAGACAUUUCACAGGACACAGCAGAGCCACGGAGAAUGAUCACUGACUACCUGUAGCUCUCCUAGUGAUGUUUCAGUAUAAUGUAAGGUUACUACCAGUGCCAACCUAAAGCCAAAUGGAAAGGUCCCCAAUUUUGGAUUUUUCCUUAAGUGUAAGAUAUAAUGCUUGAAAGGUUAAGAAACAACAGCCUAGGCAGAGAACAGAUAUUCUAUAGAAAGCUAGGUUUAUAGUAGAUAAGAAUAAGCUAUAUUAAAUAGAUGCAAUGACUAGAAAGCUGAGAGACUGAGGACAUGGUAUGCCUUAUCCAAAGAACGCUGGGCCAGAAGCUAUACUUGUACCCUAGGUUUGGCACUAUUCACUGGAUGGCUUUAGACAAGUCACUUAACUUCUCCCAGCCUUUUUCCUCAUUUGUCAAAUGAGAUUACACUAGGAAAUUAUUUUCAAACAUGAUUUAACCUUAGAACUCUGUGUUCAAAUAAAUCUUACAAAGAAUCCCCAA